UGGAUGUUGCUCAGAGUAGCAUAAGCCAAUCAGGCGCCUUUGUCCUUUUCACUCGCGCUAUGUUCAACGGCUCUUUCCCAUUCAAGAUGUCGACGACGUCGAUGUUCCCCAUGUGUGUCCGGGCGAGUAGGGGCCUCCUCACGCUCAGGAGCUGGAGCAGACGUGGUUCAACCCCUGCAGUGGUGGACUUGAUUCGGGCAAUUUCCACGGAGAAGCCAACAGGAGAGGGCAGUGCUACAGGUGGACUCGCUCAAGCAGUCUUGCAAGAGAGGCUUAAGCAGCAACAGAAGAGUCAGGGCCAGCUCCCUCCAGAAGGGGAUGGGGACUCGGAACAGAAGCAGGACCAGGGAGAGGACAAGAAACGGAAGGAGAACACAGCCUAUGCCAAGAAGAUGGUGAUGCGGCUAGCAGGCCUGAUGGGGGUAGGGGGUGCGGUCGGCAUGGUGUACGUAUUCGGUAGCAAUUCAGUGGAUGAACAAGGAAACACGAUUCCAGAUGAGUUUGACAACGACGCACCGGUUAUCCAGCAGUUGAGAAGGACGUUGAAGUAUUUCCAAGACUACAGACAGAUGAUCAUUGAGCCCACGAGCCCCAAGCUGCUUCCUGACCCCCUGAGGGAGCCCUACUACCAGCCUCCCUACACCCUGGUCCUGGAGCUCACAGAUGUCCUGCUGCACCCCGAGUGGUCGCUGGCUACAGGCUGGCGCUUCAAGAAGAGGCCAGGCAUCGACUACCUGUUCCAGCAGCUAGCCCCUCUCUACGAGAUAGUCAUCUUCACUGCAGAAACAGGCAUGACGGCGUACCCUCUGAUUGACAGCAUCGACCCCCAGGGCUUUGUCAUGUACCGCCUCUUCAGGGACGCCACGCGUUACGUGGAGGGACAUCACGUCAAGGACGUGUCGUGUCUGAACCGGGACACCUCCAAGGUGAUAGUGGUGGACUGUAAGAGGGAAGCCUUCAGCCUGCAGCCUUUCAACGGCAUGGCUCUGACGAAAUGGGACGGCAACUCAGAGGACCGAACACUCUACGACCUAGCUCAUUUUCUCAAGACCAUUGCUCUCAGUGGAGUGGAUGACGUCCGCUCUGUCCUGGAGAACUAUGCACUGGAAGAUGACCCCGUAGAGGCCUUCAAACGCAGACAAGCGCAGCUAGCACAGGAGGAGGAGCAGAGGUUGGCAGAGCUGACCAAGCAGAAGAAGCAGGGCAUGUCUUUGGGCUCCAUCGCCGGAAGGUUCUGGCGUUCCAAACAAGAGUGAGUGGUCCUCUCACUCGCACCCACCAAUCGCAGCCCACCCCUCCACAGUGUCAGGCCAAAAGGAUGGCGGGCCACAGUCACUCGGCGGGGUGGGCGGCGGGCGUCUGGACACGUGUGGGGAGGAGACAAGGAGGCGAGACCAUCCAAUCAGCUGGACUUUUGACUGUCGCAAGCAUGUCUUUGGGGGGAAUGAGUUGGAAAGGAGCAAGGCUCCAAAAGAAUGUUCUGGUACCUCUGUCGGCAGCGACAUCACUUCCUGGAUCUCAGAUGCUCUGGUGUAGGCAGUGCAGCCCACCCCACCCCCCCCAUCGGUCUUCUGUUGGCACUGAUGUAUACAAAAUGGUGCUGAGUGGUUAGACAUUAUUGAUUGAACCAUUUCAGUCCACAUUAGUUCAUCCACUUCUACCCACCAGCCGGUCAUACAGGGAACUGACCAGAGAAUAGUGCUCUUAUCUGCAACUCCCAUGCACUUGGAUUUGGUGCCCUGGAAUAGAGUUUGAUCAGCUUUGAACAACAGUGAAUUAUUUGUUUUGCUUCGUGUAUAUCUAAGACUGAGCUGGUCAGGGUAAAGGAUAUUAAACAUGUUGUACUCUGAGACUCUCUAAGCUUAUCUCCACCAAUGAGAAGUGAUGCCUUGGACAGACACUGCCGAUGCUAACGGGACUGUGCAACAGAGGCUGGAGCUUGCACUGUAAGAAUGAGUGGGAGAGACAUUUUCAGCAAAUCAAGCCAAGGCAAGCCAUGUGAAAUUGGGCUGAUGCCACACAUACUGAGUGAAAAUGGAUCGACAUGUCUGAAUAUAUACUUGUUGAAUGUUCUAUUAGAUUCAGUUUGUGAACCAUUCACAAAGUCGCAAAUAAAGAAAAAAAUAUGAAAUCUAGCAUCUUGUGUGAUUUGGCACAAAAGAACAUGUCAUGUGAACUACGUCAGUCAGGUGUUUUCAUGGCAAUAUGUUGAAUCUCCUCUAAAUACCCUGGAAUCUAUACUGAACAAAAAUAUAAACGCAACAUGUAAAGUGUUGGUCCCAUGUUUCAUGAGCUGAAAUAAAAGAUCCAAGAAAUG